GGGAUGAAGACGGAGGAGAAGCAGCCGGCGGCGGCGGCGGGGGGAGGAGGCUGGGGGCUGGGCGGCCGUCCCUGCGACACGUGCGCAGUCCACGCCGCGCGGCUCUACUGCCGGCACGACGGCGCGUACCUCUGCGCCGGGUGCGACGCGCGCGCUCACGGCGCCGGCUCCCGCCACGCGCGGGUCUGGCUCUGCGAGGUCUGCGACCACGCGCCCGCCGCGGUCACCUGCCGCGCCGACGCCGCCGCGCUCUGCGCCGCCUGCGACGCCGACAUCCACUCCGCCAACCCGCUCGCCGGCAGGCACGAGCGCAUCCCCGUCGCGCCCUUCUUCGGCGCGCUCUCAGACACGGCGUCCCCACAGCUCCUCGUCGUCCCCUCCCCAGCCUCGGCCGCCGCCGGGACAAAGCGGGAGGACGACGACGGGAGCGACGAGGCCGAGGCGGCAUCGUGGCUUCUCCCCGAGCCCGGCGAUAGCACCGAGGACAACAGCGCCGCCGCUGCCGCCUUCUUCGGCGACGCCGACGCCUACCUCGGCCUCGAUCUGGACUUCGUCCGCUCCAUCGAGGACGGAAUCAAGGCCAUCGGGGUGCCGGUCGCGCCGUCCGAGAAUGACCUCGUCGCCGGCGCCAUCUUCUACCCGGAACAAUCCAUGAACCAUAGCUUGUCUUCGUCGGAGGCAGCAGUAGUGCCGGACGCGCUGUCAGCCGGCGCGGCACCGGCACCGACGGCGCCGGUCGCGAGCAAGGGAAAGGACAGGGAGGCCCGCCUGAUGCGGUACCGGGAGAAGCGCAAGAACCGCCGCUUCAGCAAGACCAUCCGCUACGCGUCCCGCAAGGCCUACGCCGAGACGCGGCCGCGCAUCAAGGGCCGCUUCGCCAAGCGCAACGCCGGCGCCGAGGACGACGACGGGCCCUUCUCGCCCGCCUCGUCGGCGCUCCUGGCGUCAGAAGGAGACUACGGCGUUGUGCCGUCCUUCUGA